CUGUUCUCCGCGUCCUGUUCCUUGUCAGGAGCCACAACCAAGGACCUGAAGGUGAUUCAGCCUGAGAAGUCAGUGUCUGUUGCUGCUGGGGAUCAGGCCACGCUGAACUGCACUGUGACCUUGCUGUUGCCUGUGGGACCCAUUAAGUGGUUCAGAGGAACAGGGCAAAGCCGACAUCUAAUCUACAGUUUCACAGGAGAAAAGUUUCCUCGAAUUACAAAUGUAACAGAUACUACCAAGAGAAACAACUUGGACUUUUCCAUCCAAAUCAGCAACGUCACCCCAGCAGAUGCCGGCACCUACUACUGUGUGAAGUUCCUUAAAGCAGAAGCUGACAAGGAACUUCGGUCUGGAGGGGGAACAGUGCUCAAUGUGCUUGCCAAACCUUCUCCACCCGUGGUACUUGGCCCAGGAGGCAGGGUCAAAUCUGAACAGAAAGCGAACUUCACCUGCAAGUCUUUUGGCUUCUCUCCCCGGAAUAUUACCCUGAAGUGGUUCAAAGAUGGGAACGAAAUCUCCCACUUCCAGACCACCGUGGACCCUCAGGGAGAGAGCGUCUCCUACAACGUCUCCAGCACAGCCCAGGUGGAACUGAACACCGGGGAUGUUCGUUCUCAGGUCAUCUGCGAGGUAGCCCAUGUCACCUUGAAAGAAGGCCCUCUUCGUGGGACUGCAAACUUGUCUGACAUCAUCCGAGUUUCACCCAGCCUGGAUGUCACCCAACAGCCCACAAUGGCAGAGAACCAGUUGAACGUCACCUGCCACGUGCAGAAGUUCUACCCUAACAAACUCAAGCUGAUCUGGCUGGAGAAUGGAAACAUAUCGCGGAUAGAAAAUUCCUCUAUCCCAGUGAACAACACCUAUAGCCAGACAGUGAACAAGGAUGGGACCUAUAACUGGACAAGCUGGCUCCUGGUGAACAAAUCUGCCUAUAGAGAGAACGUGGUGUUCACAUGCCAGGUGGAGCAUGAUGGGAAGCUAGUAGGCACCAAAAAUCAUACCGUGCUGAUCUUGGCCCAGCAGAAGGAGCCAGGCAUGGACACCACUCCUGAUAAUGACUCUUCCAGCCAGAACAUCUUCAUCGCUGUGGGUGUGGUGUGCGCUCUGCUAGUAGUCCUGCUGAUGGCAGCCCUCUACCUCCUCCGGAUCAAACAGAGGAAAGCCAAGGGGUCAACUUCUUCCACAAGGUUGCACGAGCCCGAGAAGAAUGCCAGGGAAAUAACCCAGGUACAGUCUUUGAUCCAGGACACAAAUGACAUCAAUGACAUCACAUAUGCAGACCUGAAUCUGCCUAAAGAGAAGAAGCCUGCCCCCAGGGUCCCUGAGCCCAACAACCACACAGAAUAUGCGAGCAUUGAGACAGGCAAACUGCCUAGGCCAGAGGAUACCCUCACCUAUGCCGACCUGGACAUGGUCCACCUUAGCCGGGCACAGCCAGGCCCCAAGCCUGAGCCCUCCUUCUCAGAGUAUGCCAGUGUCCAGGUCCAGAGGAAGUGAAUGGGACUGUGGUCGGCUCUAGGGCCCAUAUCCACAUGUUUUCUUAUCUCACAUGGAGUGGCCAUGAUGAGGACAACCCCAGAAGGCCAGAUGGCACAGGUCCUAGGACCAGGAGUAAGGGUGGCCUUUGUCUUCCCUCCUUGGCUCUCCAACAUUUGUAGGACAGCCAUGUCCCCUUCUUCUGGAGGCUGCAGAACCAGAGGGGGAACUGGAGGAAGCUUCCUGGAAUCCAGGAAGUGUGCCUCAGCCCAUCACACAUGGGUCUGGAUCCUGGUCUUGGCGACUCCAGGUUGCUUCCUUGAUGCUGGUUCUCUGUGUGGAGAAGAGCCCCCCCCCCUCACCUCCACCCAACUUGAGCUGUGGGGCAAGAAUUCCUUUAGAUCAGACUGCCCCGUCCAUGGAAGAACUACAUCAGGAGACAGCAAGUUUUCAGCCAACAGCGCUGGCCUCCCACCUGCCAGGCUGACUAGCCCCGGGGGAGACGGAACCCUCUCUCCUAGACCAGCAGACUCCCUGGGCAUGUUCAGUGUGGCCCCGCCUCCUUUCCAGUCCCAGCUUGCUUCCUCCAGCUAGCACUAACUCAGCAGCAUCGCUCUGUGGACACCUGUAAAUUAUUGAGAAAUGUGAACUGUGCAGUCUUGAAGCUAAGGUGUUAGAAAAUUUGAUUUGUGCUGUUUCGUUGUUGUUGGUUCAUUUUUUUUCUUUUUCUUUAUUUUAUUUUAUUUUUUUCUUAAGACAACAGCAGCAGCAUCUUGGCUCUUUGUCAUGUGUUGAAUGGUUGGGUCUUGUGAAGUCUGAGGUCUAACAGUUUCUUGUCCUGGAAGGAUUUUCUUACAGCAGAAACCGAUUUUUCCAAUUCCCAGAACUCUGAGGACCAAAAGGGAUCCCUCAGCUGCUACUUUCAGGCACUCAGCCUCACUGGGACGAACCGGGCCCGGUUCUUACACAGCCACGUGACUGGCUGGCCUUUUCUUUGCCUCCAUGGCUGCUGUGGUAAGUGCAGCCUUGUCUGACCCAAUGCUGACCUAAUGUUAGCCGUUCCAUGUUGAAGGGAGAAGGUCAGUGACAACCUCCUUCACUCAUAAACACCUCAGAGGCAUGCAGAGAGAAAGGACGCUCGGCCAGCAGCCGGCGUUUAGCACUCUGAGGUGAUCCAUUAUUGCCAGAAAACCUCAGCAGGGUCACCCUGGGACAGAACCUGGUCAUAACUGACCACACAGCUGUGAGCCAGGGCAAACCCCUCUGUCACUGGCUAGCAAAUCUAGGCAGAGGCUCUGUCUGACCCACACCCUUCAAACUGGAUGCCGGGGCCUGGCUGGACCCAUGGCAAAUGGAUGUUACAACCUGGCCAUCUGGUCUUAACAUGUAGCUCAGUAAGUUGAGACCCUAAUGUCUCUGAUCCCUGGGGAUUCCUGGCUCGGUUAUUCAAGUAAGAAACUGAGCCAACCUGCCUGUUUCUAUAGGUGCAACAGGGGGAUGUCAGGAACACAGCUCUCUAGGGUUGGUGACCUGAUACUUCCCAUGAUGGCAUCCAGGAGUUAGCUGAGCCAAUAGACUGUGUUGGCAGCACUGGGCCGGAAAACCAGAAGUGUCUCUGACAUUUGGGACCCUUGGUGGCCCUGCCAUCUUCUUGGGCUGUCUUCUAAUUCCAAAGGGUUGGUUUGUAAACCUCCAUCCCUUUCCCCUCUGCCUAGAGACAGCACACAUGAGAGUACACACAGGUGUAUAGACCAGUUGAAAGGACAGCCUCUCACUGACAUCAGAUUUUGUCUUAAGUUUUUUUGGAGGGAGAAAGGGAAUGAGGCAGGGAAGGUGUAUAGCUAUAGCUUUAGUGGGGCAGCCUGAAGGGCCCCCAAAUGUAUGUAUGGAAUCCUGGUAGAAGGAAGAGGCGAAAAACGCCCUGUGAGAGGAGUGGGAUUCCAGUUUAUCUGUAGACCAGAUGAGAAGGAAACAGGCCCCAUUUUGUACAUAGUUGCAACUUAAAAUUUUUGGCUUGCAAAAUAUUUUUGUAAUAAAGAUUUCUGGGUAACAAUGA